UUAUGCUAUUGGUCAAAAAGUGGAUCGUGUUUCUGUGCGUUGAAAAGGAGAAAAGGUGAGAUUUCUAAUCUGUGUGCGCGCGAGGAUGUUGUUUUAAUGAAGGCUGGACUACAAACACACGCACUAGGAUGGUGUGCUCUGGCGAUGUGCUGCUGCAGCAAGCAGAGUGUGUGUCUCUCCACUCUGGUGUGUUGCUGGGAAGUGUGUGUUCAGGACUGCUGCUGGGAAUGAUCGCCGCCAUGUUUAUACACACACUCCUCUUUAAACCCUACUGUCUGUCUGCAAAGUCUAAAGGUGACCCGUGGAGCCUUAUGGAUGAGGAUGAGGGGGAUGAUGAAACGGAGCAGGACGACAUGAGAAGGGACAGAGAGCCUGCUGAAAGAGUGAGCUGCACAGACAGUCCUGUGAUCAACGACGUCAGUGCGUUUGCGCUCAAGGCGAGGGUGGUGUAUCCCAUUAACCAGAGAUACAGACCAUUAGCAGAUGGAGCCUCCGAUCCCUCUCCCCACGACUCCGCCUCCUCGUCUUCUGAUUGGCCGGAUGAGAGCGGUGAUGAGGAUGAGAGCAUUUCAUUUGGCCCCGCCCACAAAACCCAUGCGAACCUCACAUUCAGGAGAGCACAACACUAUGCACACACACUGUCCUACCCAGAUGAUGAGAGGAGACUCAGUCUGCUGUGUGUGACGCUGCAGAACCUUCAUCAACAUAUGGCUCAGUUACAAAAGGAACAGUGGGGAAUUUUUUUUCAGAUUGUUCAAGUUCUGUUCAGCACAGAUGAUCGACUCCUACAGCAGCAGGAGAAGGAAUUAGAGAUGUUGAGAAAGGAAUCGUCUUCUGGACAAUUCUGGAGGUCCAAAAUGGGGGCGGAGCCAAUCUGUUCCAUAGAAGAAGUGAAAAUGGCAGGAAGAGAGAAACUGGAACACACACUGCAUACGGUUCUGAGUUUUGCUAAACAGCUGGAGCGGCUUGGUCAACAUUUCCAUAGCAGCAUGCCAACUAAUGUCAUGCAGGAAGUGACACGUACGCUCAUCAACUGCCUACUGCUGAUGGAAAAGCAACUGAAAGACAUUCAUUCUAAUAUCAUUCAGACACUGUGGGACAGGCAGCAGUGGUGGGAGGAGUUAUCUGGAUGGCUACGAAUUAGGACUGCUUUAACGAGGCAGGAGGCGGAGCUUCUGAUCCAGCUCACCAGUCAAUCAGCGGAGGAGCUGACAGCUGACGGACAGCUGGAGUUUGAUCACAUGGAGAAGCUGAUCAGUGAGCUACAGAGUGUGCUGAGUAAUGAGCUGCAGCGCUGCUCUGAACAGGUCACAGAUCACACUCUGCAGCUGGUCAGUGAUCACUGUAAGAAGAUCGAUGUGAGGUUGAGGAAGAUGUUAAAGGCUCAAAACAAAGAGAUUCACACGAUCCAAUCUCACAAUCAUCAAGAUGCUCAGCAGGUUGCCAAGCUGAUGGCAGAGAUGAAGUUAAAACACUGGACACAGAGACAGGAAUUUGAACUACAGCAAGACAGGAAAGUGUCCGAUGCUGUGUGUGACCUGUGGAAGAAAUUGUUUUGUAGUUGUUCCGAAAGUGUCCGGAUGUUGUGGCGAGAAUGUGUUGCGAACGCGCUCACUACAAGCUCCGCCCUUUCUGAGGAACGCAGCCGCACACUUCUGGACAAUUUGGAGCUUGAUUGGACCAAUCAGAUGCAGCAGAAGGAGAGCCACACCCACCAGCAGCUGCAGAUGCUCAGAGAGCAGCUGGAGCAAAGCAAACAGAUUUGGGCUGAACAGGAAGCAUUAGCUGCUGCAGCAGUCAAUCAUCUAAGCAACCAGAACAUGAAGGUUACUGUAGCACUGAUUGCCAGGCAGAAGGACCUAAGGGACAGCGUUGCAGUGAUUGAAGGAAAACAGCGCCUCCUGCUGUCAGAACUCCAGCGCCACUUAACCGCUCAGCACUUCUACAACACAACACUGAGAGAGAUGAUGACUACACAGCUCUCACACACAGACACACAGAGCCUCCAGCAGGAUCUCCUGUCAGACCUCGAAAGAGCCUCUGAGCUCCUUCGAAGCCACGCCCAGUUUCUGAUCGGUCACGCCCUGGAUUGCAAUUUUCGACUACGAUUGGACACUUCGGUACCGUCCAACAAGACAGCAGCUAAUGAUGGACAGAAGGAGCAGCUGAUGAAGGCACUAUGUGACAGUGUGUGUGUAUCACAUGACACACUUUCCACUAUCAUAAUGAACUACUGCUCGCACCUUCAAACAGUCGUCACGGCAACGCAGCUCCGCCCACCACAACAACACUUACAGUUGAGAGAGAGAUGGCAGAAGACAGCAGAGUGUGUGAGGUCUCUACAGAGGGAGCUCAACCACUGGGCUAGAAAACCGCACUCGGCUGAGUUCUACAGAAGAGUCGAGCAGCAGAAGCAGCGUUUUCUCUCUGUUUGUGAGGAGGAGUGUGUGUGUGACAGGGUGGACCUGCAGCACCAAAUACAAACCAUCAGUCAGGAGCUUCAGAAAGAAGAGGAGAGUUUCCUGUCUCGACUGGCAGCUCUAACAAGAGUUCCUGUGACAAACAGACAUGCAGCCACAGAGCAGAGUUUAGUGCCACUGAAGUGCAGAGAGAACCUUCAGUAUUCCACACUGCCCACUGCAGCAGACUGAUAAACAUUAAGGCCCAACGAGACUUUCUGCAGUCUUUAACCAUGUUGUACAUUUUAAAAAUAAACAUUUUUUGGAAAAAAAACACUGUCUACUACUGUCUACGUCUACUGAUGUCCUUGGACACAUCAUCAGUGACAGUACCAGGGGUCCUUAGGGGUUUCGGUUCUUUCAACUUCAGACCCCCUCAUCCUGGUGAUCCAACCAGGAGUCCCGGCCUGUGUCCAAGCAGCGUUCGACCACAGUUUGUCCCUGGUAAUCCACAGCCAUCAUGAUGCUCUCUCUGCAGCUUUCGGAAGCUCUCCUGAUGGCUUGCCUUUUCUGGGCUCCAGUGAUGCCCAGGAGGCUAUAGGCCUUGCACAGUGACUCCCCUACAAAGCCCCCCCACCCCCCCAACUGGCACCAUACACUGUGCACACCACCCCCGACUGCAACAUUCCUCCACCAGUUCUGUAUAUUUCCCCCUCUUUCGCUCAUUGGCCUCCUCCAUUCUCUCCUCCCACGGUACUGUCAGCUUCAGCAUAAUGACUUGUUUUGAUGAGUCUGAUGUCAGCACAAUGUCUGGCCUCAGAGAAGUUUCUGUGAUGUUUUCCAGAAAUUUAAGCUGUUUCCCCAGAUCAACUCUCAUCUGCCAGUCUUGUGCCGAUCUCAAGAGGCUCGUCUGAGUUUUUAACUUGGCGUUUGGAUGUUCUCCCGCCUUCACAAAGGAGAUGCUGGAUCUUACCUUUCGGAGACGUCUGGUCUGGCCGAUAGUGCUGUCGAAAGCUUCAGCAACUGCUUUUAGCACUUGGUCUUGGCACCUGUAUGCUCCAGAGACAUUCAUAAAAAACUUUUAAAAAACUGCUGCUUUUAAUGGUCACCACUCAAAUGAUGUUUAUUGUGAGAUGAUUAUUUCGUUUUGUAAGGAGUCGCCAGUAUUUCAUAACAGUCAGAGGUGAUUUAUUUGUGUGACUGAAAUAUAGAAUAAUUCCUUCAUUCAUUUUCAGUAACUGCAUAAUCCUGAUCAGAUCAGAUACUUUUAAUGUAAACGCAAAAUCUUUUAGACAUUUUUAAAAACUUUUAAGCUGAUAUGAUUGACAUGAUUCUGACAUAA